GUCCUCAUUUACUGUUUGGAUCGUUAAUACAAAGGUGUAAUUUUGUUUCAGGUUAGCAUUUGUCAAUUGUCCUUCUCUUGGCGUACUGAGUUGAUAGCACCAUGCCUUGCAUUGAGAUGUACACAACCUUGUCUGCUGAUAAAGUACCAGCUAACUUCUUCGAUGUUCUGACCGAGUUCUUCUGUGGGUUGCUUGAUAAGAACCCAAGGGGAGUUGUUCUGAACUUGUACACAGACCAGCGGAUACACACAGGUUCAGAUCUCAAUGCUACCAUGCUGAUGAUACAGAUCUACAAUGCCGAGGCUUGGUUAGAUCAUAAUGCAAACAGGGAGGCUAUUAAACUAGUGACAGACAAGGUCACAGGAAUCCUUGGUAUCCCACCUGACAGAUCUACUGUUCUGUUGAUCACCGUUCCAUCUCACCAAGUGGGCACGCCAGGAGGGAACCUAUUAGCAGACAGAGAUCAAUUCAAAUGGAGACUGGAUUACAUAAAGAAGAUCAAUUCUGCUGCAGCAUCGGCUUAACAUCCCCCCCCUCAUCAAAUUUGUUUUCCUAUCUGUUAAUUUCAUGUUUGCACAUUGUUUCUUUUACAUUAUCUUCUCCCGGAUCUCUGAUCUCACCCUCUCCCAUGCAUAUUUUCUUCUGUACCACCCCCCUCUCUCCCCCUCUCUCCCCCUCUCUCUCCCUCCCUCCCUCUCUCUCUCUCUCUCUCACCCUUUCCAAUCUUUCAUCUACCUUUCUCCCCCUCUCCCCCUAUAUUUCUAUCUCCCCCACGCACUGGCGUACAGUUUUUUUUUGGGGGGGGGUGGGGCACGUCCCCCAAAGAGUUUCGAGUAAAAAAAAAUGGGGGAGAAAAUGAAGAAAGGCAGGGAAAGAAUAAAAUAUUAUAAAAUUCUCCGAAUAUGCCAAAAUCUUUCCAAAAAUUAGAUUUUUGUAAUAUAUCAAACACAACAAAGUCUUUGCUCUGUUUCCCUCGUCAUUGCACAUCCACUCUUUCUUUCUUUCUUUCUUUCUGUGUUUUGAAAAUGUAAAGAGCCUGUGAAGAAUGUUUGUUUAUCCCCACAAUAUCUACUGGUAUCAAGUUAGAUAUUCUAUGGUAUGAAUUUACCCUUAUAGGGUAUUUUACAGCAAAAGUGCAUGCUACAUUGUUACCAGAUGUAAAUGUGCACAAGUCUGAUUCCUAUGCAAAGUUGGCCUACACUCAUGACAUUGGAAUUAUAUAAGAAUGAAACUGCAGAAUGUACCAUAUAAACUAUGAAGGCACCCAUGAAAGUAUAGUUUCAUGAAUUAAAAGUGUUGUAUUGUAUUAGAUUUCUUAGAAUUGUAGACUGAAAUGUUUGUCUUGCAAUUGUAUAAUGUUUGAGUGUUUUUUUAAAUAAAUUUUUCCUUAUUUCUCUGAAAAAAAUCUUA